CUCGCCCACCUCGCCCAACUCAUAACAGUGCGCUUGUUCCCUUCUUGAUCGUCCUUGCCAGCAUACGAAAGCCAAAGGCACUGCUAACCUAUCAGAAUGGCGCGUGUCUGCACCUCGAAAACUGAUAAACGAGUCGUAUUUUCCGCCGGGAAGGAUCCACGGAGAGCAAAAGUAUCUCUAUGGUUAGAAACUGAACGAUAAGGUUUUGGAAUCGGUGGGUGAAAAUUGACUACGAACAGUAACUCUUUUGACUAUGAACAGUAAGUAUUCACAGUGGGGUAAUAUACACUAUGAAUCGCACUCAACUUGUUCCCACUUGAAAUUCGAAAACGCAGAAACGAUUCUCCGUCACAGAAAUGGACAGACUCCGCGCUCUCCGCCGUCAGGGAUUGCGCGAUUUCGAGCCGUCACUCCCGCCGCGAUUUAUGGAUAGAAUCCUCGACCGUAUGAAGAAAUCUUCGAGUCGGAGGGGGAUAAGCCGCCGCCGGCUAGAACGGUGUUCUAGUUCCUUCGCUGAAGAUCUCUCAGCCUCGACUUCUUCUUUCGCGACGUGCUCGAUGGAGUUACCCGAUAGGACUAGUUUCCGUCUCUUAGCAGGAGGCGGCGAUGGCGAAUUGGAUCGGAUUUACAAGUCCCUUGGCGUUUCUGGUCCCGACGAUUUGGCGAUUUCUUUUGACGCGUGGGAGGCUUGCAAGACGCGUUCCUCCUCUGGUAUUGUUAAUAGGUUUCAGCCUCAGGCCGAUGUUUUGAGUAGUGGUGUUGAUUCACUGGAUCGGGACGAUACUGGUGGUGUGGGCAGGUUCUUCAAGGAGCAUGCGAGUGAAAAAGCUAGUGAGAAAGAGCAUGGCGAGAUGAAUCUCAAGGAAGUUGAAACUCCUUUCCAGCCAAAACUAUCUGAGCAUUGCGUUACGGGGUCUGACCCUAUAUUAGUUAUUUAUUGUGGUGACAACCAGGUCUCCGAGGAGAUAUACCUCAUCAGCUACAUCUUCAACGAGUUGUGUGCCCGUGGCUUUGCCCCUUUGAGAUAUGAUAUGAAAAAGAGCACUGUGACUGAAAAUCAGAAACUGCUACACAUAUCACGGGUUGGUAUUAUCAUUUUCUCGAUGAACUUUGCUCAUUCCAGAGAGUGUCUGGAUGGAUUCGUGGCAGUCAUGGAUCAUUUGAAAGCUAACGAGCUUGUGCUUAUUCCUGUGUUUUUUAAAGUAAGUGUUUCAGACGUCAGGGGCCAAAGUGGCUCUUUUGGAAAAGCAUUCACACGACUUGGGGAUUCAGUCAUGGCCUCCCAAGUUCUGAAAUGGAGGGCGGCUAUGAUCAAAUUAGCUUCCAUCAUUGGAUAUGCGUAUAAGAAGGGGGAUGAGGUUAUUCUGGCCAAGAAUAUUGUCAGAGAUGUCUGUUUGCCGCUCAGUUCCGAAACCAACAUGAAGCUAAGAGGAACGAGGCUUUCAUUAAAAAGUAUAUUGUCUCUGCUGAAUCGUUCUCAACCCUCAUCUUCACAGAUUGUUGGACUUUGGGGUAUGGCUGGCAUAGGGAAGACUACCAUCACGAGAGACUUUUUCAGAUCACAAGCUGAGCAAUAUGACGUGUGCUACUUUCUGCCUGACUUUCAUCUAUUGUGUCAAACAAAAGGGCUGAGUUAUUUGCGUGAUGAUUUCUUCUCGAAAAUAUUUGGCGCAGAGAAAGUUUUCGUAGACGCAUGUGAUACAAAACCAAGCGUCACAAGGGAUAGGUUCCUCGGUAAAAAGGUUCUGAUUGUUCUUGAUGGUGUGAGUAGUGCCAAAGAUGCAGAAGUUUUGGUUGGAGGGUUUGGCUGGUUUUCUGGUGGACAUACAAUCAUCUUAACAUCUAGGAAUAGGCAAGUUCUUGUACAGUGUAACGCCAAAGUGAUUUACGAGAUCGAGAAGCUACCCAAGCUUGAGUCUCUUCACCUUUGUUGCAAGUUUGCCAGUAAAGAAAAUUGUAAAGGAAGAAUGUCGUUGACAUCGGAGCUUGUGGACUACGCUAGUGGCAAUCCUUUGGCUCUGCGAGUCUUAGGUUUGUCUAUUCAAAAUCAAUCUAUGAAAGAUCAGAAACAACAUCUGAGAAGACUGCGUCAACAUCCUCCAGUCAAAAUUCUGAAUGCAUUUAAAAUAAGUUUUAAUGGACGAGAUGAUGACGAGAAGAGCAUAUUUUUGGACCUGGCUUGUUUUUUCAGAGGGGAGGAUAGAGAUCGUGUGGUGAAAAUCCUUGAUGGUUGCGGUUUUUCUACAGAUUUAGGAAUCUAUGGUCUCAUUGAUGAGUCUCUCAUCAGCCUUGUAGAUAACAAGAUAGAAAUGCCCAACAUUUUCCAAGACGCGGGUCGAUUUGUUGUUUGUCAAGAACACGAAGAGCCAGGCAACCGUAGCAGAUUGUGGGAUUCUAGUGACAUUGCUGGUGUCCUGAAAAAUAAUACAGGAACAGAAGCAACUGAGGGAAUAUUUCUGGAUGCAUCUGGCUUGACAUUUGAUUUGAGCUCUACUGCAUUUGAGAGGAUGUAUAGACUUAGAUUGCUCAAGAUCCACUGUCCAACUUCUGUAAAUCAUUGCAAGGUUUGUCUACCUGAAGGCCUCCACUCUUUGCCUGAUGAGCUACGCCUACUCCACUGGGAAAAAUAUCCUCUUGGAUCGUUACCUCGGAACUUCAACCCUAAAAAUCUUGUAGAACUGAACAUGCCAUAUAGCAACUUGACAAAAGUAUGGAAAGGAACAAAGAAUCUUGAGAAGCUAAAGAGGAUCAUUCUGAGUCACUCUCAACAGUUGACUAAAUUCCCAAGGCUUUCAAAGGCCAGGAACCUUGAGCAUAUUGAUCUCGAAGGAUGUACGAGUCUGGUUAAGGUUAACUCAUCUAUUCUUCAUCAUCACAAGCUUACUUUCUUGAGUCUGAGAAACUGUUCUCGUUUGCGAGUUAUGCCUACCACGGUUCAUCUAAAAUCUCUUGAGGUUCUUAAUCUAUCUGGCUGCUCAGAGCUCGAGAACCUUCAGGAUUUCUCAUUAAACCUGAAAGAAAUAUAUCUAGCUGGGGCUGCUAUUAGAGAAAUUCCGUCGUCGAUUGGGGAUCUCACUAGACUUGUUACAUUAGAUCUGGAGAACUGUGAAAGUCUCCAGCACCUGCCACCGGGGAUAAGUAACUUGAAAGCCAUGAUGACACUUAAGCUGUCUGGCUGUUCAAAUCUGAAGAGCCUUCCAGUUCUUGAUGCAUUAUUUCUCCAAGAUUCACAACGUUCUAACACAAGGAUAACCAUGGAAGAAUCUGUGUCCAUAAACCUUCACUCUGCUAUUCAAGAAUCAAGCAGAGAAGCAUUCUUACCAGCAUUUGAAUAUCUAUCAAACAACGGAAUACCACAAGAAAGCUGGACACGGGUCACUGUUAUUCCGUUCCCCUCACCCAUUUUACACUCAUUGGCGUCUAGGCUAUAUGCGCUAGUAUCGUUGUUCCUUUGUAAUGCUUACCUGGUGGAUAUACCUGAAGAUAUAUGUUGGCUUGCUUCGGUGAUGAGACUAGAUCUUGGUGGAAACUCUUUCAGCCAGAUUCCUAAAAGCAUCAAGGAGUUUCGUAAACUACAUAGCCUUAAUUUGCGCCAUUGCAAAAACCUCAAAUCGCUACCUGAGCUUCCUAGAAGUCUAGUAACCUUGAACGCCCAUGGCUGCGUGUCUCUCAAAUCAUUUCCAACGAGUUUCGAGCAGUUCCCAAGGCACUUCACAUUCAGUAAUUGCUUUAAUCUGUCCCCAAAAGUGGUUAGAGAAUAUAUAGGAAAAGCUCUUGAUAGCGUUAAAGGCAUGGCCAAGGGGAUUCUGCAGGCUUCACUGGAACAGGAACACAUCAACGAUCCUGCAUUCAACAUCUGUAUACCUGCCUCUGCAGGCCAGCAAUCCUCGGUUAAUUUUCAAGCUGGUUCUUCUGUAAGGAUACAGCUAGCUCCUGGCAUGUUAAAGACUCUCUCAGGCUUUGUUUUAUCAGUAGUAGUUGAAUUUUGGGAUAAUUAUAGCAACACUGCUGGUUUUGGCAUCAAGUGUAUAUGCAGGAAGAGCAGAAUAGACCUCUCGCCUAGAUUAGAGAGAAUUUUCCAUUGUUGGGCUCCAAAGGAACCUAUCACCGUUCAUCGGGAUCAUAUGUUUGUUUUUGGGAGUGUGAAAAUGCAUCAUGCAGAAGCUGUUAACCAUGAUUUCCUGUCUGAUUCAGUGACCUUUGAGUUCCAUCCUGUCAAUUCGGAGAACCAGCUCGUAGAUGAUAGCUGCACAGUGAAGAGAUGUGGAGUGUAUUUAAUCACCGAUGCGACAAGUAAUACGGCUCUAAGCGCAAAACGCCCUUCUUCUUCCAUGGAUCCAGGGGGGCUUUCUAGCAUGGAGCAUGUGGCACCGCCAUAUAAGAAAUGUCGAUUGAAGGGAGUUAUUGAAAUUGUUAUUCUAAGCUUAAGAAAAAGGAAGCGAGAACUGAGCGUCCCUACAGUCAAAAACGUUUCUACGGUAAGACGUCUGUGCAGAUCGUAUGUUCGCACUGGAAGCUGUGCAGUGGGUCCUAGUUGUUCUUUUGAUCAUCCGAACUGGGUGUUAACACACAAGACCGCAUCUUCCAUUCCUUCCGAGAGUCCACCCAUGGAUAUGCUAGGACUUUCUUCAUAUGGUAAGCCAUCAGAUAAGCGCGUGGAAACAUCAACUGAGAAACCCAAAAGACUCUCUGUGUCUGAGUCAAGACAAGCAACCUCUGGUAUAGACACCAUUGAUGCAGAGCAGGAAGAAGAGUAAGCUUUGUCUCAAAAAGAGUGUUAAGCUUUGAUGAUUGGUUAUGGAGAAUCAGAGUAAGUCAUUUUCAUUUAUGUCAACUCUCGAGCAUUAUUUUUAUUGCAGAGGUAUAGGCGAAAUGUGAUAGCGCGCACUUAGUGCAAAACGGCAAGCUUCUUGCAUGGAUCCAGUGGAGCAUAUGGAAUCACCAUAUAAGAGAUGCCGAUUAAUGAGUGUUACUGGAACUGUCUUAAGAAAAGGAAACGAGAACAGAGUGUCUCUGGAGACAAACCGUUAUAAGUUAAAAUCUGAGUCUUCCAUUGACUUACAUAUAAGUAGGUAGCUUUCUGAUGCAAUUUUGAAGACGCUCAAAUUGAUUUAAUGCUGAUUUGUAUUACGUAUGGCUUCCGGCCCUUCGAUAACUGUUUUCACCAUUUGCUUCUUCCUCGAUUAACUGAUGGUUUUACGAAUA